AUGGAUUCGGAGCCCACCCGACCGUCGGAGCUCGACGAGUCGCAGUCGUCCAAGCUGUCCAGCAUCAAUCCUAGCGACAUGGACAGCGGCAGCGACAGCGACAGCUCCAACGCUGGCGUCUCUGAGGCGGCGCCCCAGGUUGAGUGGCUCGCCACCGGCCGUCAGCGUCGCUCCACGGCCGGCAACCGCAUGAAGUCAAUGCUCGCCAACGAGGAACCCGAUUCGGAUCUCGAGCUGCUCUUCGCCGAGGAUGACGACGACCAGGGCUUCUCUGACGCUGGCGAGCACAUCUCAGACGUGCAGAUGGAUUCUUCCUCCGAUGACGACGAUAACAACGACGACGACGACCUCCAGGGCGAAAAGGAGCUUGAUCGACAGGCCAAGGAACGCCGCGCCGCGCAACGGAAGCGCAAAGCGCAGGAAGCAAUCCCGGCCAAGUUUCGCAAAAAAGUACGCAUCGACACGAGCAACUCCACGCCGCGAUCGUCUGUCGCGCCCUCGACGCCGCUUACGAGCCAGCCCCGACCAAAGAAGAAGAAGAAGUCAGAGCGCGCAUCGUGGCUACCCUCGGUCACCGAUAUGCCCACGCGCGCGUCGUCGCGGCAGACGACGCGGCUCUCCAAGGAGCAGCUGCACGCGCAAAUGGAGGAGCGCGAGGCCAAGCGGCUGAAGCAGCUGGCGCAGAUGCAGAAGAAGGCGGCGCGUCUCGAGGCCCUCAAGAAGCCGCCCAUGACGCAGGAGGACCGGCUGCGCGAGGCCGCUCUCGUCGAGGAGCGCAACAGCAAGAGUCUCAACCGCUGGGAAGAAGCCGAGAAGCAGCGCGAGGAGGAGCGCAGGGCAAAGCUCGCCGCGCUGCACGAGCGCACGCUCAGCGGGCCGGUGAUUACAUUUUGGAGCGGCAAAGGUCGGUUCGGUGACGGUUGGCGCAGGGGUGAGGGUAUCCACGUCGCGGUUGAGGAGAAGCCGAAAAAGGCGAAAAAGGAAAAGGUGGUCAAGGACAAAGGCAAGAAAAAGGACGAUGCAAAGGAUAGUGUUAAGGAAGAAAAGGUCGGAGAGACAAAAAUUACGAGUUUGCAGGGUUCGGAAACGGCAAAGCCCCCAUCUACAGGAACUGGUCAAGAUGCGAACGCAGGUGAAACUGGCGAGUUGAACACUGACGUCAGCACAGAAGCACCUAAGCCAGGUGCAGCAGCAGAAGGCGUCUCCAAAGAUACGCUCAUGGAGGAUGCAUCGGACACACAAACGCAAGAGAAUGCACCAUCAACAGCACCAGCAGCCCCGGCUACCAUCAGCCCUAUAGAAACCAAAGCUGCUGAUGAUGCGACAAAAGACGCGGCCAUAGACGUCUCGACGGCAACAACGAAGGGCGCAGAAAAGUCGAUUGUCGGUGAGGCUGCAAAACAAGACGGCGCCACAGAACGGUCGUCUGUGGAACCGAAAACCUCGUCGGCAUCACACUCUGCCGAAGCCGUCGAAGCACCUUCGAAAGAGCCUGACUCUAAAGCCACUACGCCAUCAAAGCAGCCCACAGAGGCGGUAUCUCCUUCGAAGGAGCCAGAAGCAUCAGGGCCGGUUGCCGUGGAGGCUCAAGAGGGUGCCACUCCUUCUGGAUCUGGGGACAAAGCGCCUCAGUCGCAACAAGCUUCCACAACGCAGCUCACGAAUGGUCCUCGCGCCACCACAGAAACAGGUACUGUGCUGGUCAUAGGCGGAGGGCAACCUCCCAAGCCGACUCCCCUGCAGCCGAUUGAGAACGAGUCACUGCCUGUAAGCAAGGUAGUGAGCCAGAUCCAGUCGGAGGCAGCCACGCCACAGCCAGAACAAAUCCGCUCACCCCUGGACGGGCUCGCAACGACUCGUGAUGCCAUCAUUUACCAAAAUUUCGACUCGAAUGCCAUCAAAGACAAGGGUGUGCAAACGCAGGUCCUCUUUGGUCGCAAGAUGAGCCGCUUGCCAAAACCUACUCCUGCGCCAAUAUGCCCCAUUACUUGUAAUACAGCCCGAUAUCGUGACCCACAGACCAAUCUACACUUUUACAGCGCCGCUGCCUUCAAGGAGCUCCAGCGUGUACAAUCGGGUGAAUACCGCUGGAGCAGGCUGCUCGGUGCAUGGGUCGGUAGCGGCACAUGUGCAGCUCGAGGGGUCCCUGAGAGGUUUCUCAACCCUUCCAGGUGCCCGACGCUGGAAGAAGUAGAGCGCAUCCAACGCAAAAAGGAGGAGAAGGAGAAGCUCAAAAUACAGCAGGCAGAGGACGAAAAGAAGGCCAGUGAGAAGAAGACGACUGCGUCUGAUAAGCGAAUGAGUGGCGACAGCGCUCCUGCACCGCCUAGUGGUGAUGCGACAGCUGCGCAAGAAGAAUCGUCUGUUGAUGUAAAGAUGGAGGAUGCUGGCGGCACCAAGGUGGAAGGGCCGUCCGUGGCUGCAUAA